GAAACCAAUGAUUCCAACUUUUACCCUUCGGGUUCGGAUGCAAAGGAGUAGCCUUGUCAUCACCGUCACCGCUUUCCGGCAGCUCCGGCUCAUCCGAGCGACGAGAAUGACCGGACCCCGCAGACCCGUCGGCGGACCCGUCGGCGGCGGCGUUGGAGCAAUCGGUGUCCUCGGUGAUCUGGUCGCAGUCGACACCAUUGAUAGAGCGAGGGAUGAGACCGUUGCCGUACUCAACGUCGUUGGCCCAGUCGGGAGGAGUGACGCCUACUGGGGAGACAGGACCAGGUGAGCGGCGGGAGUGGAAGCUUCCCUUUCCUGCCUUACCCUUACCCUUAGCCAGCUUGCCCUCGCUCUUGUCUUUGCCACCGAUGUCCUCCAUGCCCUUGCCCCCGUCCUUUUCAUGGUGCUUGUCGUUGUCGUGAGUAGGGACAACAGGCUUGAUAUGCAUAGGAACAUCAAGCUUGCCAUGAUUAGGAAUAUCAGGCUUCCCAUUAGGUCUCUGGUAGGGAGAAUACCAGUACUGAUGGGGAGCAGCAGCGUGGCUCGCGGCAGGGUUGUGGCUCUCAAC